AUGAAUGAAGAAAACAUAGAUGGAAUAAAUGGAUGCAGUAAAGUCAGAACUGGUACUCAGAAUGAAGCAGCAUUACUUGCUUUGAUGGAAAAGACUGGUUACAACAUGGUUCAAGAAAAUGGGCAAAGGAAAUUUGGUGGUCCUCCUCCAGGUUGGGAAGGUCCACCUCCACCUAGAGGCUGUGAAGUUUUUGUAGGAAAAAUACCUCGUGAUAUGUAUGAAGAUGAGUUAGUUCCUGUAUUUGAAAGAGCUGGAAAGAUAUAUGAAUUUCGACUUAUGAUGGAAUUUAGUGGUGAAAAUCGCGGUUAUGCUUUUGUGAUGUACACUACAAAAGAAGAAGCCCAGUUAGCCAUCAGAAUUCUUAAUAAUUAUGAGAUUCGACCAGGGAAGUUUAUUGGUGUGUGUGUAAGCUUGGAUAAUUGCAGGCUAUUUAUUGGAGCUAUUCCUAAGGAAAAGAAGAAAGAAGAAAUUUUGGAUGAAAUGAAGAAAGUUACAGAAGGAGUUGUAGAUGUCAUUGUUUAUCCAAGUGCAACUGAUAAGACCAAAAAUCGUGGUUUUGCAUUUGUUGAAUAUGAAUCUCACAGAGCUGCUGCUAUGGCUAGGAGAAAACUAAUUCCAGGUACAUUCCAACUAUGGGGCCAUACCAUUCAGGUAGAUUGGGCUGACCCAGAGAAAGAGGUUGACGAGGAAACAAUGCAGAGAGUUAAAGUUCUCUAUGUAAGAAAUUUAAUGAUCUCAACUACAGAGGAAACAAUUAAAGCAGAAUUCAACAAAUUCAAACCUGGUGCAGUUGAGCGAGUAAAGAAACUUAGAGAUUAUGCUUUUGUUCACUUUUUCAACCGAGAAGAUGCAGUGGCUGCUAUGUCUGUUAUGAAUGGAAAAUGCAUUGAUGGAGCAAGUAUUGAGGUAACACUGGCAAAACCAGUAAAUAAAGAAAGCACUUGGAGACAGCACCUUAAUGGCCAGAUUAGCCCUAAUUCUGAAAACCUGAUUGUGUUUGCUAACAAAGAAGAGAGCCACCCAAAAACUCUAGGCAAGCCACCAACUCUUCCAGCUCGUCUCAAUGGUCAGCAUAGCCCAAGUCCUCCUGAAAUCGAAAGAUGCACUUACCCAUUUUUUCCUGGAACAAAGCUUACUCCAAUUAGUAUGUAUUCUUUAAAAUCCAAUCAUUUCAAUUCUGCAGUAAUGCAUUUGGAUUAUUACUGCAACAAAAAUAAUUGGGCACCACCAGAAUAUUAUUUAUAUUCAACAACAAGUCAAGAUGGGAAAGUACUCUUGGUAUAUAAAAUUGUUAUUCCUGCUAUUGCAAAUGGAUCCCAGAGUUAUUUUAUGCCUGACAAACUCUGUACUACCUUAGAAGAUGCAAAGGAACUGGCAGCCCAGUUUACGCUACUUCAUUUGGACUACAAUUUCCGUCGCAGCUCAAUAAAUAGUCUUUCCCCUGUUAGUGCUACCCUCUCUUCUGCGACUCCCAGCGUGCUUCCUUAUACUUCAAGGCCUUAUUCUUAUCCAAGCUAUCCCUUGUCACCAACAAUAUCACUUGCUAAUGGCAGCCAUGUUGGACAGCGACUAUAUAUCUCCAAUCAGGCCUCAUUCUUCUGA